AUGGGAGCAGUGGAAAUACCGGUAAGUCGCAAGGUGAACAUCAGUUUCAUUAUAUAUGUAGAGUAUAUAAAUCAAUUAUCCGCGGCUCUUGAGGAGAUUUUUAUGGAUGUUAAGGAUGCGAUUGAAAAUGAAUAUGAGUCGGCGCUCAAGCAACUGCGGGGCAUGCUGUUGUCACUUGGUCAAGAUGUGUCAAAUAAAAAAUCAACAGACUGGUUUAAAAGAGAUGGUAUAAAGACUGCGAUUGAAUGUUUGGGAUCAAAAUUGAAAGUGUUUAUUGGAUGGAAAAGCAGUGGCGGGAAAUGGGAAUUGACCGGCGGUGGCAUUGGUAGACCCGCCACGGGAUAUAGUUCAGCCUACAGAGAUACAGAAUGGGAUAACACCGUCAAGGCGGAAUUAUGCGCCAAAAUAUUCUUGGGUUGCAUUCCAUUAAUAUUCUCCGCUCUGAGUUACCUUUAUUGGCAAUGUAAUAAAUCCAAGUGGCCGUAUCAGGCGAUAGAUGAUUCUAAUGAGGAACUUGGUAUCUAUAUGAUGUCAUUAGGAUAUAAAAAGGGUGAGCUCAAUGUUGGUUACAGUGGCAGAAGGAUUGCAAACUUACUAGGUAAUCAAUUCAUGGAGCUCAAUAUUUCCCUGGCUCUCAAAGGUGGUUAUCCAUCUUAUAUAAAGUACGUAUUCGAGCAAUCUAGGGGAGAUGCUGCGCGUUAUAGCGGUCUGUCUGCCAGCCCACUCGCUUCUAUAUAUAUUGUGACUAGAUCUUAUUUUCAAUCGAAGCAAGGAAAACACGCCAAUCAUCCCACCACUGUACGUCAAAUGUUGUAUUGGUUAAUGGGACUGCCUUAUACUCCGGUAUAUAAGUAUAUCGACACAAAUGGUCUUAAAACCUUCUUCAAAGAUGGUAUUAGCAAACCCGAAAUAAACUUCAUUAGAGGAAAAAAUGAUAAUAUCACAUUUAAAGUGAAAACAGCACACUACUACGUGAUCCCAUCAUGUUUCUACUCCGGUUUCGUUUUGAUGGCCAUAGAAGGUAAGUUACACGGUAAAAGUCCCACAUCAUAUAAGAAUAAAUCUUUACUACAUGACAUAUACAGCAAUAACCACUUCAAAUUUUACUACCCUGAUAAUGUCAGCGAAUGGUUUGGUACGCUCUGGGACAUCGUAUCUUGUCUUUAUUAUCAAUUAUUUUUUCUUAAUGAGCAGUGUGGGACAUGUGUCUACCUGGGUUGUGGUUGGAGAUGGUGUAAGUACGGGGGAAAUGUAGCUCAAAAUGUGACAUCCUGGAUAUGCAACAACAAUAAGCAACAACAAGGUACAAACCACGUAAAUGGUUGUACUACCGGUGGAUGCAGUUCUAAUCACGAAGAGUGCGGCAAGAAAAAUAACCCUUCACCCCUGCAAGCCUUUUUAUCUGAUGGACUAGCACAGUUCAUGUGUCCAAAGAUCGAGAAAAACGAAUAUCCACCAUACACCGAACACUCCAGCCACAUCGUCCACACUUCCCAGCGGUGUCCAAUACCAAUGGGUUUUAAUGGCCUUCUCUCCAGUGUCGAGCCAGCACGUACUGGUACCCACCUACAUUCGUUAUUAUGUUACAUUGUCGAUGAUUCUAGAAGCCAUGUCAGCUUGUACAACAUCAUAUUAUGUAUGAUACGUUUUGCGUUGCGUACUCCACGUAAUUUGGGAGAACUCUUUGCUUUCUAUAUUAAUAUAGGUGACAAAGAAAAUUUCGAUUACGUAGACACUGCGUUAAGGAAUGAGAUCAAUGGCUAUCCGGGAUACCACUAUGGUACAAAUCUAGUUUCUUCUAUCCAGGAUCUAUGCGGUACAGAAGCGAAACAUGGCCACAAUGGUAAAGCUAGCCUUCGCAGCAUACAUGACAGCGUAUGCCCCGGACAAAUGUGUGGGCAAUAUCUCGGGCCAAUAGCUUGGAGUAUUUAUAAUGUUUUGCCUGAAGAAUUUGCUGGUUUGUACUUAUCCGUCAUAGUUUAUCUGACCGGUGAACUUCUUGACGGUCUAAAUGCACUUUUGGAUGCAUUCAAAAAUAUUAAUUGUACUCAUUGUGUUCACAUGUGUAACUGCAAACCUGGCGAACAUGCUUCCAAAUGCUCUUGUAAGACCAUAGUGCAAUGUGCUGAAGUUCUUCCACUGUUCUAUAAAUAUGGAUUCUUGUAUAAUAAUGCUGAAGCAUUGAAUGGGUUUAAUAUCAAGACUGGUGUGCGUGAUGACAAAAAUGUAAGAAGUUGCUAUAGCUUCGCUACACAACUUAUGGCCGUAAAAGAUGGUUUAUUCGACCGGCUUAUUGCGGCCAUCGCGGAAUUUCUCGAAAACAUCCGCUUACCCUUCUUCUUAUAUCUUAUGACCUUCUGCCUCUUAUCCAUUACCUACCUAACUUACGGUCUAACAAUCCCAUUAGAUAUACUACAGAUUCGAUCCCAUUGGAGAUUUGCCUUAACACAUAAAGUAUUGCCAACAGUUACAUUUACGGAGAAGACUGUGACACCUCGUGAUAUAUUGUAUCUAAAACCAUAG